CCCCACAAACUAUUAUCAUCAUAACACAACACAAUACUCACAUAAGAAAAACAAAAUCUCUCUUAUAAAUUCUUGUUCUUCUUCAAACAUCAAACAUAAGCAAUGGCAAUGAAGAUGAUGGUCGUUUUCAUGGUCGUUGCAGUGGCUUUCUCAGCUGUAGGACAAGCAGCUGCCGCCACCGUAGAAGCUCCCGCUCCAAGUCCAACUUCUGAUGCUGCCAUGUUCGUACCAGCAUUGUUUGCAUCCGUUGUUGCUUUGGCAUCUGGUCUUCUCUUUUGAGCCAAAAACACACAUUUAUCAUUCUUUUUUUGGCUCAUUAUUUUUAUUGUUUUUGUUAAUGAGUUUGCGUGUGAUUUGAUUAUAUUGUUAUAGAGUGUUGUAUUAUUCUUAAUGUAACCAUCUGUUUCUAUCUGCUUGUAUGUAUCAAAAUUCUUCACUGUUUUAUGGACUCGUUUAUCUUA